AUGUUCAAAUUCAAGCUCGGACGUAAACAGCCCGAGGAUAAUGAAGCCCGUCGACGUCUUCAAAAAGAAUUAUUUGGAUUAAAUAAAAUUUGCGAUCGAGGCUUUCCAUCGCGUCCAUCAGCACUUGCAUACGAUUCACAAUUGAAAUUGAUUGCCAUUGGAACACAUUCGGGCGAAAUACGAAUUUAUGGCCAACCAGGUUUUCAAUUAUCUUACAGUCUUGAGCUCGCUCCGUCAUCAUCGAUUCGAAAAUUAAUCUUUUUCGACGGUGUCGCUCGACUUCUUAUUCUAACCGUCGACGGUUAUUUACAUUUACUAGAAAUUAACAAUCACAUGCCACCACAGACUGAUUCUUUGUCACAUAACACCGUACGGGUUGAUCGUAUCUGCACAUCAAGUGACGAUGAUUCAGCCAUUUUGAAAAAUACACAAACAAUUUGUUUAUUGCGAAACCAUUUAAACCUCUUGAUUGGUCUCAAUGAUGGAAACAUUUAUUUGUUUAAUAUCGAAAAUUUCUCAUUAAAUGUUAAUCCAAUCAUUCCAACUGAUGUUAUUGAAAAAACAAUCGUUGAAUACUGCAGUGGUAGAGUUAUUCACCCAGGCCCUGUCCAGUCUAUUGUGCAGCAUCCAAUCAACGAGGAUAAAAUAUUAAUCGGAUAUAAGAAUACUUUGAUCGUACAUUGGGAUUUGCCAUCGAAUAGUCAUGAUCGUACUUACAUAUACAAACAAGAAGUUGAAUCCGUUAGUUGGUAUAAUAAAGGAAUGAAUUUUGUCACAUGUCACAACAACGGCAGUUAUGCAUUAUGGGACGCCAAGCAACAGUUGAAUAUAGUUGAAACAGAAAAGAUUCCUUACGGACCUUAUCCAUGUACGCCAAUGACAAAAAUUUGCGUGAAAAUCAUGCGAAAUGGUGAUCCUUUAAUAAUAUUUGCCGGUGGCUUACCUCGCUCAAGUUAUUCAAAUAAACACAGCGUUAGUUGUUUAUCCGAAAAUGAACAUGAUCAUAAUAAUGACCGAACACGACAUGUCACAUUCGAUUUUACAACAGCAGUGAUUGACUUUUUCACUAUCGAUAAAACAUCAAACGAUGGAACUCGUGAUGAUCCUCAAUCAUUGGUUAUAUUAUUACAUGAAGAAAUCGUUGUUAUCGAUCUUGUUACGGAUAGUUGGCCAUCGUAUCAUCUACCAUAUUUGAAUAGUAUUCAUGCAUCUCCUGUCAUUUGUACGACAUUAGUAUGUAAUGUUAAUCCUGAAUUUUAUAAGAAGCUUGUUAAUUAUGCAACAAUACAAUUCGACGAUUAUUCUGAUCGAAAAUGGCCGAUCACCGGAGGAGAUAUCAAGUACAAUGCAAAUACUUCGAGCGAUGAUGUAGAACAGCGGCAUUUAUUGCUGACCGGCCAUGAAGAUGGUUCAGUUCAAUUUUGGGAUAUAACAAAUAUUUCAAUGCCAUUAAUCUAUAAACUAAAAACAAGUGAUUAUUUUCAAAUUGAACAAGCACCAAUUGAUGAGACAGAUGAAGAGACUUGGCCACCAUUUCGAAAAACGGGUUUAUAUGAUCCAUACUGUGACGAUCCACGUUUGGCAAUACAAAAACUAUCAUUGUGUACAAAUACAGAUAUAUUGAUUGUCGCAGGAACAGCUGGACAAGUUCUUACGUUUGAAUUUUCUCCUGAAUCCACUGAUGUGACUAUCGCUACAACAACAGUCAAUUUACUUGAUGGUUGUGAAAGUUUUGUCUGGAAAGGCCAUGAAGAGAUGAAGACGAAAUCAGCAUUUAUACCAUCUGGUCUUGUUCUAACAUCAUUAGUUCAACUUUAUCCACCAGCAGCCAUCUCAGCUUUAGCAUUAUGUUCAGAUAUUCAAACUUAUGCUGUUGGUACUGCACAUGGUUUUACGAUAUUUAAUUACAAACAAAAUCGAAUUCUCACGGCCAAAUGCACACUUGACCCAAAUGCAUUGGCCAGUAAUCAACCUGUUCCAUCAUCUACGGGUGAAUCGACAUUAAUUCGUGGACGUUCAUUGAAAAAGUCACUACGAGAAUCAUUUCGUCGUUUACGAAAAGGUCGAACCAUAAGGAAAGCAACAAUGUUACCAGCAACCAAGCGAUCCGACGAAAACAAUCCGCUCUCACAAGCAAACAUGCAUUUAGAAGAAGUUAUACGCGUACCUGUAGAACGACAAGUCGAAUUUCGAGAAUUUAAACCUGUUGAUGAUCAAGUUGCUAGUAUGGUUCGAUGUCUUUACUUUGCUAAGACAUAUCUCAAUAGUGUGAAUGAGCGAACACGAUCAGUUUGGGCUGGAACUAAUGGCGGUCAUGUGUAUGUUUAUUCGAUAACUGGCUUUGAACCUCAAGCAACAAAUGGUGCGGCUAUUGCUACAGAUCAGACGAAUACAUGUACAAUGGCAAAGGAAAUUCGAUUGAAGCAUAAAGCACCUGUCUUGAGUAUAGUUGUACUUGAUAAUGCAAAUCAAUCGAUUGGACAUGGUUCAAGUAUUCCAACCAUGGAGUCGACAUCUGCAAUAUCAAAUGUUCCUGUUGCAACAGCGACGAACUCGGAAAACACCUCUCCAACUUUAUCAACAGCGAUCACUUCGCACAAAGUUCUUAUUUGUUCCGAAGAACAAUUCAAAGUUUUCACUUUACCAAAUUUAAAACCUUACUGCAAAUUUAAACUAACUGCGGUCGAAGGUACUCGUGUACGCAAAGUAAACAUCAAUCAAUUUGCACUCAAAUCAGAUAACGUGAGCGAAUCUCAUUCGGAAUCGUGUCUUGUAUGUUUGGAUAAUAUGGGUCAAAUAAGUAUUUACACUCUACCAAAUCUUCGUCGUCAGAUUCUAUUCAGUUGUGUCAAAGCAAGUGAUAUAAAUGCUUUGUCAACUGUUCAAUUUUCUCCAUUCGCACAUGCACUUUAUUUACAAUCAUCAUCGGAAUUAGUUCAAGUGACGUUUUCACCGCAAACUAUUUUACCUUAUUCGAUGUCAAUCACAUACGAUAAACUUCAACGAAAAACAAUACAGAGAUCGGAAUUAGACAAAGCAGUACGACAAACAAGUCCACAACGAAAUUUAACCAACGGAAACGAUGCCCUCCUAUUAACACCUUCGAAACUAUCUGAACAUGCAGACGAAUCAACAAUAACAACAGUAAGUGAGAAACACCAAGAAACACCAUCGAAAUCAUCGAUGUCACCUUCCUCACAACGAAAUCACCAGAAUGUGAAUCAAAAUAAAAUGUCCAACGGACAUGAAGAAUUUGUUAACGGCAAAACGAACAAUGCCAUUGGAAAAUCAUAUCAAAAUGGCAACAUCGGAAAUAACAGUGGAUUUAGUACGAAUUCUGAUUCGGCGAUUGAUUUAAGUUCAGGAAUAACAUCAAUGAACAUAACAAAUAAUCAUAAUCACCCAUCAAAUGAUGAAAUUCAGAAACCUGUUGAUCGUGAUCUACCUUCAUUUCAAUCGACUCCAUUGCGAAUAUCGACCGAUGUAACCAUGCAAAAAGAUCAUCAGAAUUCAUUUUCACCUGUUUCUCCAAAUGGUAAAACAUCAAAUUCACAUCCAACGAAAUUGAUUUCAGUUAAAGUUCGUCAAGCACCCAUCAUCAAUGAUAUUCAUUAUUACAAUGGUACAAAUAACAAUCCAGCCUCACCAACUCAACGUACACCUGCCAUACAUACAUAA